AAACGGUCAUUCCGUGAUGGCUCAUAAGAGAAGCACCAGCACCGCCGUCGCCGUCGCCGGCUCCGCCUUCGCAACAGUAGGCGGCGACAGCUUACUGGAGAGGAUACCGGAGAACUUACUCAAUGAAAUCUUCUUAAAGUUUGAACCGGAGACACUGUCUUCGCUCAGCUCGUUAGCAUGCGUUUCACGAACCCUUCAAUCGUCCGUCAACAACGUUCUCUCCUCCUUCUCGUCCGUAGAUCUCUCCGCGUUUUCUCUAGAUCCACAGACAUUUGAUGGAAUUAGAAGAAAAUUAGGCAAUAUCCAGAAGAUCACCUUAGAUUGCCUUCGCCUCAGUGAUUCUUCAAUCAGAAACCUCCUUGGACCAGAUGUUGAGGAAUUGAUUUUGUUGAAAUGUUCUUCACUCUCCUGCAGAUUUCUUUCUAGCAUCGGAAGAACUUGCCCAAAUUUAAGAGUGCUUACACUGGAGUUUUCUGGCUUCAUUGACAAAUCUUCUGUAUUCGAUUUGAAUUUCAGAGGCUCACUUGAAAAUUGUCGAUUCCUGGAGUCUCUGAAAAUCAAAAUCCUGGGAGGUGAAAUUAACGAUUACAGCUUCAUGCUACUCGGUAUCUACCUCUUGCUCCCCAAAACCAUUAAGAUCCUUAAACUUCAACCAUCUAUUUCAUUAGACACUCUUGUGUUCUUCAGAACAAUCCCCAUUCCUCAUACAUCUUUUAGCCAAACAUUAACACAGAUCUCACUAGUAUUAGACACCAUCACAGAUCUCCUUCUCCACACCAUCACACACUCUCUCCCUCUUCUAACCAAUCUCGAUCUCAAAGACCAACCAUCAUCUGACACAUCAGAUGAUCUAUCUGACCUAGGAAUUCAAUCACUAAUCCAUUGUAAAAACCUAACUCACCUCUCUCUUAUCCGAAUUCGCCACCAUAGUUCCACCUCAUUCAAAAGAACAACCGAUAUGGGCUUCUUUUUGCUUUCCGAGGGUUGUAAACAACUGGAAUCCGUUCGUCUUUCCGGGUUUUCAAAAGUUAGCGAUGCCGGAUUCACUUCAAUUCUCAAUUCCUGUUCCAAUCUGAAAAAAUUUGAGAUCCAAAACACGUAUCUUUUGACGGAUUUGACAUUCCAAGAUGUCAGUAAAGUUCCUAGGGUUCUUGAAGAGGUGAAAUUGGUGUCUUGUAAUUCGAUAACAAGUGAAGGAGUACAUGAAAUCGCUAGUUGUAGUGGAUUAAAGAUUCUUGAUUUGUUCGGGUGUAAAAGUGUAGCAGAUUCCUGCCUUGGAAACAUUUCAAAACUUAGACUUUUAACUUCUUUAAACUUAUGCGGGGCGGAUGUUACCGAUUCCGGGAUGCUAAUUUUAGGUAAAAUUCAUGCCCCAAUUACAUUCCUGUCUUUAAGAGGUUGCAAAAGGGUAACCGAUAAAGGAAUCGGUCAUCUAUUAUCAAACGGAAUAAUUGGGAACAAUUUAACGUCUCUUGAUCUUGGUCAUAUGCCUGGAAUCACUGAUUAUGGUGUUGGCAUUGUUGUUGAUUCUUGUAUUGGGCUGGUGGAAUUGUGUAUAAGGAAUUGUUUUCAUGUGACAGAUGUGUCCAUGAAGGUUUUGGGGUUGAAGGGGGGAAUUAGGAGGGUUGAUGUUUAUAACUGUAGUGGGUUAACUGUUGGGUGUUUUGAGCUGUUGAAGAAGCCUUUGUUUCGUGGUUUACAGUGGAUUGGAAUUGGGAAGACACGUGUCAUAUGUGUAGGAGAUGAUGAGUUUGAUGAAAUUCAUAGGGAGAGACCAUGGUUGACUAUCUGUGAUGAUGGUUGUGAGGUUGGGUGUCAUGAUGGAUGGCAAUUUCAUAAGUUUUAACGAUGAAUUUGUAAUAUGUUAAAAGAGAUAACCCUUUUGUAAAUGUUAUUAUUAACAUUGUAGUUUUACGUAU